AUGGUCCCCAACAAGCUGAAGACCCGACUGUGCGCUCUCUUGCCAUUCUCUACAGCAGUGCAGCUAUUUGGCGUUCUCAUCUUUCUCAUCGUCGAGUUGUCUGGCGCAGCCGGCGGCACAAGCGGGGUGGCAGGAACUAGAACUGUCUUUCUCUUCCUCCUAUACUGGAUGCUCUUUGCUCUGUCCUUGCAAAUCGGGAGACAGCAAGGUUGUGUUUCUUUCAACGAUGCUCGCUUCAGCAUUGUCGACGUUCGGAGUGGAGGAAUGCAGACGCUAGGUCCCGUCGCGUCACUCUUAAGGGGAAUCAAGAUCAUAUUUGAGAUCCUCGUCCAUAUGACCAUCGCCCUCCCAAGCAUCCUCGCCGCAAUCUACGGUUGGACAGAGACGUGGAGGCACGACGAGGCAGGAGGGACGACAAGGGAGGACGCGCAGAGGGGAGCAGGAACCGGGAAGGGGAGCAAGUUAGGGAAAGGUAUCGGAGGCGGCGAGAGAGGAGAGAGAAGGAAGGAGAGCAGGAGCGAGAGGAGCGAGCAGAGGAAAGGAGAAGAGAGUGACGGAGGAGGAGCAGGACUAGGAGAACACACGCAUGGGGUCAUCGCAGCUGGUGUAACUCCAGGGAGGCUCGAAGCCGAAGGAGAGAGUCUGGUGGACGAGGCGCUCAACAGGAAGAGCUGCGCAGGUACCUCGACUCGACGUAAACUUGCCAACACAUGCUCGGGCCCACUACCCUGCGCUAUCAUAAGAAUACUAGGAUAG